GAUGAUCUGGAGUCUUAGUUAGCUUUUCUAAAUUUAGUUUUUGUAAUUUUUGUUGAGCGACUUUCUGUAUUAUGUCAAACUCCUGAUUAUUAGCUUUGCUGUACUUUUUCUGAGACACAAUGGUACUAAGUAAACAAGUAGUUGGCGGAAAGAAACUCGUAUGCUUCCGGACAUGCAAAGGCGAGAUGGUAUCAUUCUUUGCCAGACCAAAGGGCGGAGGCUGCAAGAAGAAAAAGAACCGAUGCGGUUUGAAGAAGAAAUCAAAGUCUAAAUGCGGCAUGAAAAAGCGGAGGUCCUCCAAGAAAUCUUCUUGCGGCAUGAAAAAGCGAAAGUCAUCCAAGAGAUCUUCUUGCGGCAUGAAAAAGCGAAAGUCAUCCAAGAGAUCUUCUUGCGGAAUGAAAAAGCGAAAGUCAUCCAAAAGAUCUUCUUGUGGCAUGAAAAACCGAAAGUCUUCCAAAAGAUCUUCUUGUGGCAUGAAAAAGCGAAGGUCAUCCAAGCGAUCUUCUUGCGGCAUGAAAAAGCGAAAGUCAUCCAAGCGAUCUUCUUGCGGCAUGAAAAAGCGAAAGUCAUCCAAGCGAUCUUCUUGUGGCAUGAAAAAGCGAAAGUCAUCCAAGAAAUCUUCGUGCCGCCCCAAAAAGUCGUCCAGCCGUCCAAAGAAGUCUUCGUGCAAGGCCAAAAGCCGAUCACGUCCACGUUGUGGAUCGAAGAAGCGAUCGGUAAGCAAAUGUGGAGGGUAACGCGCUUUCCUGGAUGGCCGCUCAGGCAUGUGUAUUGCCUUUUCUAGCUUAUUUGCUAUCCAAACGUCCGCAGAAGAUGCCCAAACAUGUAGAGUAGUGGUCAAUGACCUGCAUGUAGCAGUGGCUCCACAUGUUUUGGCAUCCUCUGCGGACGUUUGGAAGCAAAGCUUAUCUGUCAUUCGUGUUUCGGAAGCAUAGAUUCUUAAAAUUUUGCCUUUAUGCUAAUUAGUUUUCCCCCAAUAGUGGGGAGUUAUGAUAUAACAUAACAUCGGCAUCAUACGUACAGUGUACAUCAUACGUACAUUAGCAUCGGCAUUAUACGUACAGUGCACUUUAUAAAAACUACUUCAAAGGUUGUGCUGCAUAAAUUAAUUACUUAUGUAAA